AGCGAAAAGCAAAAGCGCCUAUUUGGCAAUAUUUUGUAUUUAAACCCAAUGUUAUAAGGGAACCAUAACAUUAAUGAGGCAAUCACCGUGCGGUCAGCCGUUGUGCGCAGCAGCCCCUCAGCGAAAGCUGGACCGGCGAGGCCAGACACACAGCCAUCCAACGUUAAAGAUCAAACGCUAUACAUAUAUUAAGCAUCAUGUUUUCUUGUAAAAUGUCCGGUGUAAUCGGUAAUUGUCACAAGUUUAUUAACCGGUGGGAAAUUUUCCUAACAGUGACAUCCCUAAUACCCAGCCCUAUGUCCCAUCCACUUGCCACAUGAAGACUAAACCAAAGCAGCUGGAUCUCUUGCAGCAUAGAGCAGGAUUUUCUAGCUACCCAUAUGUAAAUAAAAGGGAUAGAGGACUGUUGUUUCUAUUAGUUUUAUAUUGUAAUAAAAUUUUAAAAAAAUGUUAAUUUAUGAUGUAGCUUUUUAAAAUUAAAUUCAAGUCUGUAACAGGUAAACAAAUCCUGCAUAAUUUACCCUUUGUUGUGUAAUAAACCAGCUCAUUACCUUUGUGAAGGUGUGUGCUAAAUGCAUAAUGACGUAUAAUUGCAUCAGAUAUGUUAUUGUUUCAAUGUUGUUCAUUUCGUUGCUGUGGCCCUGCCCAAUAGAUUUCUGAUAAGGACGUGGUGUCAGACACUUCAGGUGACUGUUCCACCAAAUACCAGCAGAGUUAAGCACACCCUUAUCAGUAUUUAAUUGAACCGCAAAGCCUACAGUACUCAAGUCACCGGGAUGGCGGUCCCAACCAACAGGAUAUUUUCUUUGGUGUUUUUGGUCUCUGUUUGCGUUUUACUUUGUUUUUUUUCAUGGGAACAUUUAUCAAGCAGCCUGAGGACCAGCAGCUGGACCAUCGGCUCAGAAAACAACAGAUACAGAGAUGAAGAAAUGCUUGACUUAUGGGGUGAAAAAGGAAACUUGAGCACAAUAGAAAUAGCCAAUUUCAUAAAAACAAACCUGACAAAGCAAAAAAGUGAUCAAAUGAGACGCACUACACGCAGUGCUGUGCCUGAGACACCCAUGCCCAUGCUCUACAGACAAUCCUUCAAAAAGCUUCCUCUGUGGGAUUUUGAUGAUAUUUAUAACCAGGAUGCUCCACCCAGGGAGACGACAUGUGCCCGAUCUCUGCGAAACUCUAAGGACGAGAGCUUCAAGAAGGCUUUCCUUCCCAACAUACGUUUGUACAUGCACAACCUCAGCAUGAGCGAGUGGAACAGGCUUUCACAUUUUAACAAUCCUUUUGGUUUUAUGCAGAUGAACUAUGAUGAAGUGAUGAUUUCAGCAAAGUUGAUCCCACAGCAAAAAGAGCCAUUACUCGUUCCAAAGCCCGGCGGUGACGGGUGUAUCCGCUGUGCUGUGGUGGGCACCGCGGGGAUCCUCAAUGCCUCUAAAAUGGGGAAAGAAAUCGAUGCUCAUGAUUACGUUUUUCGGAUGAACGGAGCAGUCGUCAAAGGUUUCGAGGAAGACGUUGGAAACAGAACAUCGGUGUACGUUCACACGGCCCACUCCAUCACUUCGUCGCCGUAUCUUUUAAGAAAGUUCGGAUACACUGUCCCUCAUGACGAGGGUAUAAAAUACGUGAUGAUUCCUGAGGGGAUGAGGGAUUUCAACUGGCUCCAGGGUCUUCUCCAAGGAGAACGGAUCGCUGCCGGACCAUAUAAAAACCGGAGGCCAUGGACGUACUACUGCGGGGGGUACAAUGAGUCCCGCUUCUAUGUUCUGGACCAGGAUUUCCUCAGAUACAUUCGAAACAGGUUCUUAAAGUCCGUUUAUCUGAAUUCUACUCACUGGUCGAUAGUCAGACCAACCAAUGGGGCGUUCACUCUCUUCGUGGCUCUGCACACCUGUGACAUUGUGAGUGCAUAUGGAUUCAUGACUGAGGACUACGGAAAGUACUCUAACUACUACUAUGACAAGCACGUUAAAACCCAUGUCGUUUUCUACGCCAACCACGACUACAGGAUGGAGAUGAGACUGUGGAAAAAACUACACGACAGCAAAAUACUUAAGCUAUAUCAAACAGAGUCAAAAACAGAGACAGAAAAGCCGAAGUAACACUGAGACACUGAGGGUGCACCUGCUUCGAAUGAUAUCAGCCAAUUGAAUGGACAUUAUCAACAAUUAUCAGCCUCAUAGAUAUGGAUUAGAAGGGGCCUGCUACACCUACUAGUAGGUUCAGAAGGCUGAUAUCAUCUAUUCACAUGGUUCAUCACCGAUACAAAUACAAGAAAACAAUGCCGUCCUCUAGUGACCUUAGUUAGUAUGAGAGUAGCAAAGGUGGAAGUCAGGUGGCGUAUUAUAAGUAAGGGAUAAUGUUCAGCGAGCCGGUCAUUGUUGUGAAAGACUCCCCGACAGGGCGAUGCUGCACCCCGACACGGAGCCCUGAAGGGGAUUCUUUCACAACAAUGACCCGCUAUUGAGC